GGGAAUUUGGCGGUUAGGGUUUUAGGAGAAAGUGGGACAGAACGAGCGAGCAAGCGACCUUUGCUUAUUUUUGUUUUGCACUCCUUUUCGGGGGACUGAGGAGGCACCUUCGCCCUCACUUAGACCUCACACUCGCUUCAGCUGAAAUUGCUGCUCUCUCUUCGUAUUUCUGCCCCAACAAAACCCUAGAGAGCAUUCGUUCUCAUUGCAUGUGCUUCUGUCACUGGCAAUUCAGCUGAGAGACACCCAGAUGGCACAGUGGGGUACUCGUCGUAGGCGAGUUAAGUUCCUUGGCCAACAUGAAGAAAACAAACCCCAAAUUUCAUCCAGCAUCACUGAGGAAGAAAAUUCAACAGAUGAAUUUAAAGUAGCUGUGAAAGCUGAACCUCUAGAAAUACCAGAAAUCAAGAAGAGGAAGCGCCUCAGCCUAGGCAAAGGCAGAUGGACAACUAGUAGCUCUAAGGGUAGGACAAAGAAGCGUAAUAAUGUGACUGAAAGAUGGACAGCUGAAAGGUAUAAGCUGGCAGAGGAAAGUAUGAUGGAAGUUUUGAAGGCUGAAGGGGCAACUUUUGGAAACCCAAUUUCCAGGCUAGAACUCAGAUCAUUAGCUCGUAAGCGAAUUGGUGAUACCGGGUUGCUCGAUCACUUACUGAAGCACAUUGAUGGUAAAGUGGCACCAGGUGGGACUGAGCGGUUUCGGCGGUGGUUCAACACCAAUGGAACAAUGGAGUAUUGGUUGGAGAGUGCUGAUCUGGUUAACAUUCGUCAGGAAGCUGGGGUGCAUGAUCCUUAUUGGAUUCCACCAUCUAAGUUGAUGCCAGGUGGUGCCCCCUCAGAAGAUUCCGUUGCUGCUGCAGAAUUGAAGCUACUCAAGGCAGAAGUGGAUAAAAUGAAGAGUGAUAUGCAGGAGCUGCUGUUAUCCAAGAAGCAAGAGAAAGACCGAGCCAAUCAGCAGAAUAUGCUUGAGGAUUUGUUGAAAUGGAAAGCUCAGACUGAGCAAAGCUUGAAAGUGAUUUUAGGUUCUUGGAAGGGUAUGCAGGACAAGUUUGAGGAAUUAAUGAUGUGGAAAGCUAAAGUUGAGCAACAGGUAGCUGAAAUGACUAAUGUCAUGAGUAAUAUGCAAGUACCAAAGCAAUACACUGCCACCAACCCUGAAACAUCUGAGCGAUGGGAAGAUUGGCUAGAGAGCACCAACCUCGAUAAUUUUCAGGGAAAUGAACUUGUGCCUUGGUUUGAGAGCACGAAUCUGGUUAAUGCUGAGGAAGGAGUUAUAAUCCAAGAUCCCUACCUAGCCCCGCCACUUAGAUCAAAGCAUGGUGAUAGCUCAUUUCCAGACCCUUUUUGCAAAAUCAAGGAAGAAAUUACUGAAAUGGAGAGAAACAGAGAUGUGCAUGAGCUGAUACCAAGGAAACAAAAGGAAUAUCAAGCUAAUGUGACCCCUGAUUCUUCUGCUACUGCAAAUUCAAAGUCAGAGAUUGAUAAUUUGUUUAUGUUUCAGGAAAUGUUACAGGAGUUGUUCAAUUGGAAAUCUAUGACGGAGCAGAAGCUGAGUGAGAUGUCAAAUUCCGUGAAUGCCAUCAAGCAGACAUCAAAACUAAUGAGUCCUCCAUUCCCUCCGCAGCUGCCAGAAGAUGGAAAUCUGAGUAUGGAAUAUCAUCCUUGUUUCAUGUUUUAGGAUGGAUGACUUUAGAUUGGUAAGUACCAUAGGAUUAGAUGUUGUAUAGCUGCAGCCUGAAAACCCCAUUCCAACUUUACUAAACCCAGUGAGAGACCCACUUCUAACCUACAUGACGAGUCGAGUCAAAA